AAGAGACUGAUUUAUUUGAGGUCUAGUCAAAGUUUGGAGAGAUGGGUUUGAUCAAAAGGUUUGAUGCUUAUUUGAUGACUGUGAUGUUAAUGAGUUUAGGGUUAUUUGCAAUUGGGUUUUCAAAUGGGUACAAGUUCUAUGUUGGUGGGAGAGAUGGUUGGGUCCUUACUCCAUCCGAGGACUAUUCUCAUUGGUCUUAUCGAAGCCGGUUUCAGGUCAAUGACACUCUUUAUUUUAAGUACCCUAAGGGGAAAGAUUCAGUGUUGGAGGUGAGUGAAGAAGAAUUCAACACAUGCAACACUACUCACCCAAUAACCUCCCUCACGGACGGAGACUCUCUCUAUGUUCUUAGCCGCUCAGGUCCGUUCUUUUUUGUCAGCGGCAACUCAGAAAAUUGUCUCAAAGGUCAGAAGCUACCCGUGAAGGUCAUGUCCGCCGCCCACCACAGCCACAGUCCUCGCCAGCCAUCUCCAUCGCCCUCACCGUCACCGACUCUGUCUCCAAGCCAUCAGGCUUUGUCAUCUCCAGCGCCUUCUCCGAGAGUGGUUCUUUCUGAAUCUGAAGCUCUUGCUCCGGCUCCAGGACCAGCGAAAGCUCACAAUUCGGCCGGUUUGGUGAGUCCUAGGGCGGUCUCUCUAGGAUUGGUUCUCGUGGUUAUUAUAAGUUUCGUGGUUUAGAGUUAUAAUGGCGAGGGUAAUAAAUCCUCCAUAAUUGAGUUUAAU